UACGCGCCUCGGCUCUACGUCGACGAGCUCGGCCUGCUGGGCAAGCACGCGCUGCCUCUCUCGAGCGACGUGGGCAAGGAGCCUCCUCGGCUGCGGCUGCGGCUGCUGCCCAUCUCCCUCGGUCGGUACCGCGCCACGCGCCAGCUGCACACGGCGCUUGGCGCGCUGCAGGCGGCCAGCGGGAUGGAGGCAGCCGAGUUCGACGAGCUACGCGAGCUGCUCUCCGAGAAGCGCCUCUACCGCUUCGCGCUGAUGCAGCUGAUCGGGCUGCUCCACGUCGUCUUUGACGCGCUCGCCUUCCGGAACGACGUCGGCUUCUGGAAGGGGCGGGAGGACCUGAGGGGCCUGUCCUCGCGCGGCGUCAUCUUCAACGCGGGCUCCACGCUCGUCAUCUUCCUCUACCUGCUCGACGGCGACGGCGUCAACUCGAUCGUCCUCGCUACCUACGCCUUCUCCACCGCCCUCGAGCUUUGGAAGCUGACCAAGGUGGUUGCGAUGCGGCGGCGGGCGCGCGGCGCGGCCGGCGGCGCCGGCGGCGAGGGCGCGCGCGCCGAGGCGGCGACGGAGCGGUUCGACGAGGUUGCGACGCGGCACUUGACGUGGGGACUCGCGCCGCUGGUCGUCGGCUGGGCGCUGUACGCGCUGCUCCACUACCCGCACGCGUCGUGGCGCGCCGCUUCCCCGCCGUACAGCUGGCUGCUCGGCUCGCUGGCCGACGCGAUCUACCUCUUCGGCUUCAUCGCGAUGACGCCACAGCUCUUCAUCAACUACAAGGCGCCGAGAGGAGCCGAGAUGGCCCGAGAUGGCCCGAGCUCUCCCAAGAUCCCCAGAUCUUCUUCAGCCACAAGGCGCGUCGCCCACCUGCCGUGGCGCGUCCUCGCGUACAAGGCCUUCAACACCUUCAUCGACGACGCCUUCGCGCUGAUGGUCGCGAUGCCGACCGCCCACCGCGUCGCCUGCUUGCGGGACGACCUCGUCUUCCUCGUCCUCCUCUACCAGCGCCGCCUCUACCCCGUGGACCGGAAGCGCGCCAAUGAGUUUGGCAUCGCGUACGAGCGGGACGAGGCGGAC